UGGCCUGGAACUUCUUAAAAGACAGAUGUGAUCUGAUUCCCACGGACUGAAGUUUUGAAUGGAGAGUGCGUAGCACCUCCAUCCACCUCGAGGAGGUAAUGGAUACCACAGGAAAAGACUGCUGAAGCUGAACCAAGAGCCUGGGGUUUGAGGGGGUCAGCUACGGAAUCCGCUGCGGCUUCCCCGCAUCAGAUAGCUUCCGUCUCCACCCACCGUAAAAGCCAUCUUCCCAGCUUCCUCUUGGUGCCCCGCCUCUCCCGCUCUGUCCUCGGAUACGUACGGAUUUCCCACGUGGUCUGGCCCGGCGGUGAUGGACAGAUCCCCUAUCCUGUCAGAGCGAGGAGGAAGGGAUGCCGGCUUUGACUUCCGCUUCCGCCGGGGCCGCGGGCGCUUUAAUUCCCCAUAAUGCCACUGCACAAAUACCCUACUAAACUAUGGAAUACCUUGAAGCUGAGCCAGGGGAUUUACUCUCGCUUGCCUGAACACUACCUCAAGUCAUUGAAGAAUGAAGGGACACCUACUGCAGUCCAUUAUAAACCUCAUGGAGUCAAGUACAAGAUAAAUCCAAAGAAUGGACAACGUGAGCUUGUCCAGGAUGUUCCCAUCCCACUAUACUUUCCCCCUGAAUCCCAGCGGGGGCUCUGGGGUGGUGAGGGCUGGAUCAGAGGUUACAGAUACACCAACAAUGACAAGCUCUCAAAGCGUGUAAGAAAGACGUGGAAGCCUCAUCUGUAUGAACGAGAGCUUUACAGUGAGAUCUUGGACAAGAAAUUCAAAACAAUGGUUACCAUGAGAACUCUGGACUUAAUUGAUGAAGCCUAUGGAUUUGAUUUCUAUAUCCUCAAGACUCCAAAAGAGGAUCUGUGCUCCAAGUUUGGGAUGGACUUGAAAAGAGGAAUGCUAUUGCGUCUUGCCCGGAGGGACCCUCAGCUUCACCCAGAUGAUCCAGAAAAGAGAGAAGCUAUUUAUAACAAGUACAAGGAGUUUGUGAUCCCAGAAGAUGAGGCUGAAUGGGUAGGGCUGACAUUAGAGGAAGCAGUGGAAAAACAGAGGCUCCUGGAAAAAAAAGACCCUGUCCCUCUGUUCAAAGUAUACGUGGAAGAACUCAUUCAACAGCUUCAAGAGCAGGCACUCUCUCAGCCAGCUGUAAUGCAAAAGAAAGCCUAGUGGGCAGGAACUUCCCAGAGACCAGACUGUUUCACUAAGAGACCCUUUGUUUCUUAUCACCAUCAUCUUAUCCAGGCCAAACCCACUGCUGCUUAUUUCACAAGGAUUUGGGAAGCAGAAUAGAUGAAGACUUCCUGCAUCCCUGCUCAACAGAGCUCCUGGCCUGCCUCUGGCAGAAACCAGAGUGACAGACCAGCUCUAAAUCAUGGGCACCUUGAGCUCCUGUUGAUACUUUGAACUUGGCACCUUUAUUCUCUGAGACCAGUUAUUCAAAGGAACAAUAAACAACCCAUCCAAGGA